AUGUCAUGGUCUAAUGUGAUGGAAUGGUUGAAUUGGGGGCUGGGGCAGACGUUAACAGCUAGUAUUGUGCUGAGUGUAUUAACGUUCAGAAGUUCGUAUCAUUAUGUUGGGUUCUUUAUCCCAAUGUUUAUCCAGAAAGGACAUUAUGGACAAGAUAAAUGCAAGGUAAGCGGUUUUCUUUAUGUUUCUUGUGUUUUUAGAAGCGUUCUUAACGUUCAAGCUAGUAGAAUUUUGAUUAUUGUGUUGAUUAUGUUUUUAGGAGAAGUCAGGACCUGUGGCAGAACCUUUAGGCGUGGUGGCUGCUGCUGUAUACCUAAUAUUCAUUUUUGUGUUUAUUGGAAUACCUUUUUACGAAUGGAAACAAGAAGUGAACACCUUCAUGCCUCCAAUAAGGUUGCUGUUCUUGUUGGCUGGACUGGUCAGUAUCUGCACUUCGAUUUUGCUUGGCUUUGCCGACGACAUGUUGGAUUUGAGGUGGAGACAUAAACUGAUAUUUCCGUUCCUGUCUUCUGUGCCAUUAGUUUUGGUCUAUUUUAUAUCAGGUGGGCUUUAAAAGAUGGUUCAAAUGUUUUAUUACCUAGAUUUGUAAUUAAAUUGUUCUAAAACUAGAUACGGCAUAUUAUUUGUAGGGUCAGGAUGUAAUUUUUUGCAAAUUUUAGAAGAAAAGACUGCCAUGUUGUUACCAAAGUUCUUUUACAACUUUUUUGGUCAGACUUACCUAGAACUGGGAGUUCUCUUUUACGUCUACAUUAUCAUGUUGGUUAUCUUCUGUACCAAUGCUAUUAAUAUCAUCGCUGGGAUAAACGGAGUUGAAGCAGGACAGUCAAUUGUGAUAGCAGCAAGCGUGGCUCUAUUCAAUCUGGUCCAAAUGGUACGACUGGAAGAUGAUGAAUCUGUUUGGUCUCACUUAUUAUCUUUUUCAUUAUUGGCACCAUUCAUAGCGACGUCUUUGGGACUUUACAUGCACAAUAAGUAUCCAGCUAAGGCCUUCGUCGGCGAUACCUUUUGUUACUUUUCUGGAAUGACAUUGGCGGUCGUAGCUGUGAUCGGACAUUUCUCGAAGACAUUGUUAUUGUUCUUGAUUCCACAGGUGAGGUUGGGCAUAUUUAUUUUAACGCGGUGUUAAUUAAUUUUAGGUCAAUUUAAGGUAUGAAAGUAGAGAAGUUAACUUUUUUAUCUUCAGGUAUUUAACUUCUUAUACUCAUGUCCACAACUGUUUCAUCUUGUACCAUGUCCAAGGCACAGGUUACCCAAAUUUGAUGAGAAGACCCAGCAGCUUAAUAUGAGUCGAGCUGAGUUCAAAGCAUCAGAUAUCAAGGUCUUGGGGCAUCUUGUUAUCAAAUUAUUUACAACUUUGUGCAUUCUUGACUAUAAAGAGUUUGAAAAGGAUGGAGAAAAGUAAGUUAAUUUUGAGGUUUAAAUUGCUUAAAUUUAAAAUAAUUUUUAAUUUAAAUUAAUUUUAACUAAUGUUUCCAGGUGGCUCUCAGUAAGCAACAUGACCAUUCUGAACCUAUUGCUCAAGUUCCACGGUCCGAUGCGAGAGUACGAGCUGAACAAUCUCUUUCUCAGGUAUCAGGUCGCUUCAUCAGCUUUGGCCUUUGUUUGCAGGUUUGUUAUCGCCGGGUUUUUGUACGAGAACGUUAUGUAG